GCUUGGGGACGUGCGUGACGCGGGAAAAGUAUUUUGGCGCGAAACGUAAUACAGAUUAAAAAAUACGCCGUAUAGUGUGAGUGUUUUUUUUAAAUGAAGUUAGUGUCUUUGAGUUCAUGACAAAGUGAUGCGUGACAAAAUCAAUUUAGGUGUUUAGGGGAGACACGAAGUAAAAAUAGAUCUAAUUUUGUGUAUCGUUAAUAAUUAGCAUGGCUGAGCCUAAAGAUGUGCCAGAGGAGGAAGGCACGGAGUUGGAGUUGGAGGCUCUAUACCGGCGGUACUGCGUGCGGCUGAAGCACGCGCUGUUCGAGUCAGCGCUGUGCGUCACGUUGUUGUGCAGCGUGAUACUGCUGUGCGCGGUCUGCAUACUGCACUCCUAUGAGCUGUCCUCCCAAGCCACCUCCAUAUCCACCCUGUCCAUCAUCAUCGUGGUGCUAACCCUGGUGCUGUGCCUGGCGCUGCUGCCGGCGGCGGCGGAGUGGGAGGCGCUGGCGCUGGCGGGUUCUCUGCUGGUGACGGUGACGUUAGGAGCCGGGACUCUGAUGGCGACGCACCAUGCGCCGCUACCGUUGUUCGCGCUUAUAUUGAUGGUGCACACAAUGAUGCCUAUAGCGCGGCCCAUCGCGCUCAGCAUGGCCGGUGCCCUCACUUUGGCCUACAUGGCUUUAGCCAUCGGCCUGGGGCCGCAGGGACAGGAGGGGCAGUUUUAUCAGCAGCUGAUGUGCGAGCUGGCGCUGCUCGUCUCAUCCAGCGGCAUCGGCCUCUACUACCGGGCUUUAACAGAGCGGGCACACAGGAACACGUUCGCCGGGACCCGCACCUGCCUGGAGCAGAGAGUCAAGCUGGAGUGCGAGAGAGAGCAGCAGGAGAGCCUGUUGCUGUCCGUCAUACCCGCGUAUAUUGCUGCUGAGGUGAAACGCUCCAUAAUGCUCAAGAUGGCCGACGCGUGCGCAGACAGUUCAAAACAGACGCGCUUCCACGAGAUGCACGUUCAACGUCACAAUAAUGUCAGCAUCCUCUACGCUGACAUUGUCAACUUCACGCCACUGUCAGAACGUCUAUCCGCCUCUGAUUUGGUGAAGACUUUGAAUGAGUUGUUUGGAAGAUUCGACCAAAUAGCUCAGGAAAACCAGUGCAUGCGUAUCAAGAUACUGGGUGACUGUUACUACUGCGUCUCCGGUCUGCCGGUGUCGCGGCCAAACCACGCAUACAACUGCGUCAACAUGGGCCUGCAGAUGAUCGAUGCGAUCCGGUUCGUCCGCGAAGCAACGGGAUUCAACGUUGAUAUGCGCAUCGGCAUCCAUACUGGCAACGUGCUGUGCGGCGUGCUCGGGCUGCGGAAGUGGCAGUUCGAUGUUUGGAGCGAUGACGUGACCCUCGCUAACCACAUGGAGAGCGGUGGCAUAGCCGGGCGUGUCCACAUCACGAAGGCAACGAUGCUGCAGCUGGGCGGCAAGUUCGAGGUGGAGCCGGGGGAGGGGGCGAGCAGGGAGGGCUACCUCGCCGACCACAAGAUAGAGACAUACCUCAUUGUGCCACCUAAGAAGCCCGGUCAACCCGAGAACGGUCGCCUCUCCGUCUGCGACCGUAAGGCGAGCGUCGUAUCGUCCAUAUACCAGGAUGUAUCACCAACCAGGGUGAAGGACGACAUCAGUCCAGCGCCGUCACAGCACAGCUUCACGGAGGAGAGAGUGAGCAGGGCUGAGUCUAUGAGGUGUCCAGACAUGAACAGAAGAUCAUCAGUGAAGGUGGAGCCCAAGUCCGUGGCCUUCGAUAGCGCCACCAGCCCCGGGGAGACCCUGGGCAACGGCACCGUCAAGCCCAAGAGCAGAAGUGGUUCCAUCAUUGGAGCUAUCAGCCCUAUAAUUGGCACAGAGCGCAAAUCCGAGUCGCCGUCGAUACAGUCGACGAGCGCGCACCCGCUUCUGUUCAGAAUGCUUAGCACCAUCUCUGUUGAGUCGCUGUCGACUCCCGGCGUGCCAACGCGCUCUCGACCAUCCAGUAAGAUGACUAAGUAUGUUGAGUGUUGGGGUGCUGACAAGCCCUUUGCUAACAUCACCGAUUCCACCCUAGCCAAGAACAUUGGAAUUUCAAGUCUGGCGAUGAUCGAACAGCAUUUGCUGCCUCAGAGGACUUGCUGUGAUUGCAGCAACACCUCCGAGGGUAUGAGUAGCGUAACCCUCGGAUUCAAGAACAGCGAGCAGGAACGUCAAUACCGCGGCCAGGCGGACCCCCAGUUUAAGUACUACGUCGCGUGCGCAGCGGCACUCUUCGCGUUGUUGGGCUUUAUACAACUGCUGACGGUGCCGAAGAGUAUAGUGCUCUUCUCCUCAUUCGGCCCGACUCUAAUCACUCUGCUGGUGUUUGUCUACCUGUCGUGGUGUGACGGCUCCGGCUCCGAUGUGCCAAUGUAUGGCGACAACUGUAAUAAGCCGGGACAGGUAGUCGCCAGCAACUACUACAUUCGUCUGACAAUGUUCGUCAUCUCAGUGAUCCUCAUUGCUGCUUGUGCUGUUAUCAACUUGUUCCAGACAUACAUUGUGCAUGAGCUCCCGGCGCCGGGAAACAGCAGCUGGAAUGUCACCGACGUCGAGAUAUCUGCUACCAUCGAUGUCGACUCAGCACCUAGCUACCUCUACAGCUCGGUGCUGACGCUGGCAUCGAUCUCGGUGUUCCUGCGCAUGGGCUUCGUGCUCAAGCUGGUGCUGAUGUCGGCGACGCUGGUGACGCACAUCGCGCUGUUCGCCUCCGCCGAGCUCUUCGUGCAGUACCAGACACGGGAGUAUGAGACUGAAUUCUCCAUGCUCCCAUACGCGGCGAAAGCAGGACUCGUCCUGGUGUUCCUUGUGGGAUUGCUACAUAUCCUGGACAGACAGAUCGAGUUCACGUCCCGAACAGACUUCCUGUGGAAGGACAAGCUCAAAUUUGAGCAGGAGGAAGUGGAGACUAUGCGGGGAAUAAAUAAGAUUUUACUCGAGAACAUUCUACCAGCUCACGUGGCACAACAUUUCCUUACAUCUGUAGCUUCAAGGGACGAGUUAUACCACGAACGUUACUCAGUCAUAGCAGUGAUGUUUGCGUCAAUCCCCAACUACAAAGAGUUCUACGACGAGACCGACGUCAAUAAGCAGGGACUUGAGUGCUUGAGAUUACUCAACGAAAUCAUCUGUGACUUCGACAAGCUAUUAUUGAAGCCGAAAUUCAGCUGCAUAGAGAAGAUUAAGACGAUCGGUAGCACCUACAUGAUCGCGUCUGGACUGAGGCCGGGGAAGGAGGAACAAUUGGACGCCAACAGAAAAGAAGAGCAUACAGUCGCUAUAUUAGUAGAAUUUGCGAUAGCACUGAUGACGAUAUUGGACCAAAUAAACAGAGAAUCGUUCCAGAGGUUUAAGCUAAGAAUAGGAAUCAAUCACGGGCCCGUGAUAGCUGGCGUGGUGGGCGCGCAGAAGCCGCAGUACGACAUCUGGGGCAACACCGUCAACGUCGCCUCGCGCAUGGACUCCACCGGCGUCAUGGGCCGGAUACACGUCACGGAGGACACCGCCAAGGUCCUAAUGAGUGCGGGCUACACCUGCGAAUGUCGAGGGUCGACCUACGUGAAGGGCAAAGGGACACUCGUCACGUACUUUGUGAAGACGCCCAACAUCGGUGGCGGGCCCUAAAUCCUGCUCUAGAGAGUAUGAGCACUGAUGACGUCCAGCCUUGGACUAAAGCCUGAGAAGUGAAUUGGACUAUAAGCCUGAGAAGUGACUAAGAUUAAAGCCUGAGAAGUGACUUGGACUGAGUUCUGAGAAGUGACUUGGACUGAGUUCUGAGAAGUGACAUGGACUCAAGCAUGAGAAGUGACUUGGACUGAAGCAUGGAUUGUAGCUUGGGAUGUGACUAGGGCUGAAGCUUUAAAAGUGUCUAGGGCGAGGUUUGAGAAGUAAAAUUACUUGGACUACAGCUUGCGAAGUGACAUGAACUGAAGCCUUAGAAGUGACUUGAGCUGAGUUCUGAGAAGUGACGUGGACUGAAGCGUGAGAAGCAGAACCUAGUUAAGAACAUUAGCCCAGAUCUUCGUCAGAAGAAAUCUCCCAUCUAGCCUCUCUGUCCCAUAAUUAAUAUUACAUAACAAUAUAUUGGCAAAAUGAAAUUACUCUUUUGAGUCCAAUUGUAAAAAAAGGAGCAGAGAAGUGAAAAAUAAUUAUGGAAACAAUUUUUAGUAUAAUAAUAAUAAUAAUAAUUCCAAUUGUUGGUCCUCUUCUACCACAGUCAAAUAUUGUGUAUUAGUUUUCUAUUAUUUUAUAUUAUGCCGUAUUACUAAACUAACAGUGUGGCUACAAUGACGCCAUCAAUUUAGAAUUUAAAUGCCAUAAAUUCAGAAACACUCCGUAAAAAGAACUGUCCAUUAAUUCAGCAGUUUAUAAGUGAAUUAAGAACUUGUUCUGAAACAUGAGUCAGGUAUUUACUAGUGUUCUUAGAUAUCAAGUUAGACAGUAUAAAUGAAAGAGGUGUGAUUAUAUGAGAGUGUAGUAAUUUGUGUAUUUAUGUAUGUAACAUAAUUGUGUAUUCAAGAACGUCGAGACAAGUCGCAAGUCGCAAAUUCAUAUUAAAUGACAGAAUUUUUUUCUUAAUCUUAGGACUUCUCUCUGUUUGAACCUAAUUACAAUGAAAACAUGAAGUGAGAAAUAAUUUUUGAACUGCCCUUUUUCCCAUAAA